AUGGGCUUAAGUACUACGCAUAAUUCAGCGCACGAUACCACAAUUUAUGCAUUUUUCUCCAUAUUGGGCAUCGGGACACGCGUGAUUGCUUCGCAUGGGCAUCCAGAUUACUCAGCGGCCACCUUUAUAGAACUAUGGAGGAACCGCACCGAUGAUCGACCUUACUUCAAGCUCACUUAUCGCCAAAAUGACGGAAAUGCCACAUUUUACCCAAUCACUCAUUUGAUAGAGCCUUGUAUGGGACAAUUGUACUGUAGUCUUGACAUAUUCCAUGCGUUCGCUGAGAGAGCAAAACCUGACCAACCGAUGAGCCAGUGGUGCAGUGUUGAUCCUCGUCCAACAGGUACAUCGAGCUCGAAGGGAAUUAUUUGGAGCGCAGGUAUCCACUUUUAA